AUGUCAUUAGAAAGAGAUAACUUGGGCAUGAUGCCUGUCUCUAAUUCUGGGUCGGUUGACCCACGAUCACAGCUUUUACAAGAGAUGAGGGAACAGAACUUUGAUAUGAUUAGGUUUGCCUCUUAUCGGACUGCAUGCAAGCUGAGAUAUGUUCAGAAGAAAUGUAAUUUACAUGCAAUAGAUAUAUGGAAUGUAAUAGAAGCAUUUAGAGAAAACGCUCUUAACACACUGGAACCCAAUGCAUGUGUCAAUGUUACCAGAUUGGAGACACUAGUGUCAUCUCUAUACCACAAUUUGAAUAAACGGUUACCGCCAGCUAAUCAGGUGUCUGUGGAGGCCUGCUCUGCUUUGCUGUUGAAUUGGUUAUUAUCAGCUUAUAGCACUGGAGAAAAUGUUGGGAAGAUAAGGGUAUUUUCCAUAAAAGUUGCCUUGGCUACAAUGUGUGCUGGUAAACUGAUGGACAAACUGAGAUAUAUAUUCUCUCAACUAUCGGAUGGAAAUGGACACCUGCUUAUGAAACGUUUGUCAGACUACCUUCGAGAAGUGCUUGCAUUGCCUGCUGCUGUGUAUGAGUCUCCCUCAUUCAGCUAUAACGAUAGCCUUGCACUUUCAAUUUUCAAUCAGAACAACAAAGUAACUGUGAAUGAUUUCCUUGAUACAUUGAUGUCCGACCCUGGACCACCAUGCCUUGUUUGGUUGCCGCUUUUACAUCGUCUGGCCAGUGUUGAAAAUGUGGUACACCCGUUGGCCUGCAGCGUUUGCCGUCGGGGUUCUCUGACCGGGUUCCGGUAUCGGUGUACGCGUUGCGCUGCCUAUACUUUGUGUCAGGAGUGCUUCUGGCGUGGCCACGUCACACCACCUCACACCAACGACCAUGAAGUCAAGGAGUAUGCUACUUAUAAAUCACCUUCUAAGCAAAUUGGAGCUACAUUGCGUAAGUCGUUCCGUUGCGUACCGGAGCGUGCGCGAGCGCCGUUACCACGUUACCCUGACCAGCCAGAACGAACACUGAACCUCAGCCAUAUCGUGCCGCCGUCACCCGUGCCAGCUCAUAACGGCUUCCCCGAGUACGUAGCUGGAUACGUAAACACCGGUUCCUUAGAUAGCCGCUCUUCAAGAUCCACCCACAGAAGUAUAGCUGAUCAUCUAUCCCGCGGUGUUGAUGACGAGCAUAGACUGAUAGCAAGAUACGCGGCUAGAUUAGCGCACGAAAACAGAACUAUGCCUCGAGCAGGCAGAUCUGCAUCUCUAACGCCGGAAUUGGGACGAUCGUCCUCUGAGGGCUCGGAGGUAGACGCGGCGAGACAACAACGGGAGUUAAUAUCCCAACUAGAAGCGAAAAACAGGGAGAUAAUGAGAGAAAUUGCCAGACUAAGACGCCAACAAGAAGCGGAAGCAUGCAGUUCGACCACCAGCGGCUCCGCCCCGCCCUUGGUAUCGGAAUUACGUGCUCUAAGGCAGAGGAAGGAUGAGCUUGAGGGUCACUUGUCGUCGCUGCAGGAGUCGAGGAAGCAUCUGAUGCACCAAUUGGAAGGGCUUAUGAGGAUGUUGAAGACACAACAAUCAUCACCGCGUUCUACUCCGAAUUCAUCACCUCGCUCCACUAAGAGUCCACCUCUACCAGGGUCACAGCCUAUGCCCUCAGCCCCUCAGGAGAGAGAGUCAACUCCGCGCGGAACAGUGCGUAGUGCACCGCAAACGCCAUCUCUCGGGGAAAGGGAACGAAUCGAUAUGACCCAUAGCUUAGGUGGAAUGGAAAGUAUGGGUAAUGAAAAUAGAGGCUUUCACCAAAACCAAAGGCCCACUACAAUGGGAAUAGACAACAGAAGUUUACGAAGCGACCUUCUGUAUGCUGCUGAUUCAGUUACCAAUGCGAUGUCCACUCUAGUCAGGGAAUUGAAUUCUGAAGGGUCUGAUGCGGAAGACACGGUGAAGGGAAGCAUGGAGGCUAGGAAACAAAGAGAUUUCGAAGAGGACGACGACAGCGAUGAACCAAUGCCUCGCCCACAGUUACCUAGACACUAUAUCCAUGAUAAUAAUGUGCAGAGUUUACCACCUAGUUUGAUAUCGCAGUCAUGA